GGUUGGUUAAAAAUGAAUCAGUGUAUUUUGCGCUGUUCGGUUAUCAACGUUUAUAAGGUCUUGUGUACGACAUAAUUUUUCAUUUUUUUCGAGAUAGCCAACAAAUAAUCAUUCAUGUCUGAUUGGCGAAGUAUACCUUCUGAAAAUAAGCAUAGAGAAUUUCUUGAGAAAUUCAGUUCUAUUUUAAUUGAUUUUGCGUUCGAAAGCGUAUCUCGAAAUAAUCCUGUUUCAAGAUGGAGAGAUGCAAAUUAUUUGCAAGAAAUUUUAAACUUUGAUUUAUUAGAAGAACCAAAAUCACAAAAGGAUCUCUUAUUGGUAGCAAAUAAAAUCUUGAAAUAUAGUGUUAAAACUGGCCAUCCAUAUUUUAUGAAUCAACUCUUUUCUGGAUUAGAUCCUUAUGGCUUGGCAGGACAAUGGUUGACUGAUGUCCUAAAUGCUUCAGUAUAUACGUACGAAGUAGCACCUGUACUAACUUUGAUGGAGAAAACCUUGAUUAAAAAAUUAUUGUCUAUGUUUUAUAAAAAUGAUAAUGGAUCUGAAUUGGGUGAUGGAUUGUUUUGUCCAGGUGGAUCUUUUGCGAAUGGAACGGCUAUUAAUUUGGGACGAUUUUCUUUUAGACGUGAAAACAAGGAUUUGAUGGCAAAGCCAGUUUUCUUUGCGUCGGAAGAUGCUCACUAUUCAGUAUCAAAAUGGGCAAACCUUUGCAAUGUAAAUGUCGUUUUUGUGAAAACGGAUGAUUUAGGUCGAAUGAGCGUAGAUGAUUUGAAGACUUCUAUUCGACAAGAACAAGAACAAGGCAGUUCUUUGUUUAUGGUCUUCGCCACUGCUGGAACGACGGUGUUAGGAGCUUUCGAUCCAUUGAUCGAAAUAGCAGAUAUUUGUCAGGAUUUAAAAAUGUGGUUACACGUUGAUGCAGCUUGGGGUGGUGGCUUAAUAUUCAGUAAAAAACACAGUGGUCUUUUAAGAGGAAUAGAAAGAGCUGAUUCUAUUUUAUUUAAUCCUCACAAGUUACUUGCUGUUCCACAGCAGUGUUCCUUACUUUUAACAAAGCAUAAUGAUAUUCUGACUAAAGCACAUUCUAAGGGAGCUACUUAUUUGUUUCAAAAGGAUAAAUUUUACUCUGCUGAGUUAGACCCUGGGGACAAGUAUCUACAAUGCGGACGCAGAGCAGAUGUUUUGAAGUUUUGGUUUAUGUGGCAGGCUAAGGGAUCAUCGGGCUUUGAAAGACAUAUUGAUCAUCUAAUGUCACUGUCAGCUUACUUUAAAGAAGAAAUUGAGAAAAAAGAAAACUUUGAGCUAGUGACACAGCCAUGUUUUAUUAAUGUGUGUUUUUGGUUCAUUCCUUUGCACUUGAAAGACAAGUAUUCUAUAUACAAUUAUGAGAAAGAGUUGAAUAAGGUAGCUCCUAAGUUGAAGGGGAAAAUGACAAAAAGAGGUAGUUUAAUGAUCAACUAUCAACCAUUACGCGAGAAACCAAAUUUCUUUCGAUUCGUAGUACAAAAUUCUGGAACAGAUAUGCAAGAUGUUAACUAUGUAUUAGAAGAACUCGAAAAUCUUGGGGAGUCCUUAUGAAUUCCAAUAUGAGGUUAUAUAUAUUUAGAUAUUUUAUAAUUAGCUUUUUUUGGAUUUUUUUCUUUAUUGUAUGCACUUGCUGCUUCUAGUAUACACUAGAUUAACAAAAUAUUAAACACUUUCUUAAGUUAUCUUGAUAGACAAUUUCUGAAUUGUCAGAAUUUCAAGGACAAAACUCUAUUACUUAUAUAUAUGGACUUCGAUCGAAUUCUGAAUCAGUGUUAGACGUCCUGCUAAUGAGACAUACAUUAUAUCCGUGAUAUCAAGGUAGGAGGUCAUUUCGUGAUUGCGUUUGUCCUACAGCCCUAGAGACCCCACAUCGUAUGCGAACGAACCGACUAAUCCUGAUACGACUGACAGCACACAGGGAAGCCAUAUAUUUAUACUACUUUGCCUGUACUGAUUUUCCAUGACUGUACAACAUCAUGGUAGGUCUCUGAGUGCUCGUAGAAGGAGAUUGUACCAAUAAUAAGUAACAUUUUCUCAUAUUUUUUUUCUUUUUCGUUUUAUUUUUGUUUAAAAUAAUUUUUUCUAUUGCAAUAUAACUUGCUUCGAAACAAUCAAUUCGCAAGACCUAUUUUUCAUGAUUGCAGUGAACUUCGCGAAUCGACUUAAUUUAUAAGAAACGGAAGAAUUCUUUUGGAUCAAUUAUUCAUUUCGAUAGACUUUGAUGAGUUCCAUUUUAAACGAAUUUCAUAAUAUUACUUUACUGAUUACUUCAUUUUUGUUAUUGGCACGAUUUAUUAAUGCAGUGAUGCACUAAUUAUAUAUAUAUUUGCGACCUCCUUUUUCGGACAAACGUACUACCCGAAUUUCUAAUAUUUUUUUUUUUUUAUUAUAUUAAUAAAUAUAUGUAUAGUAAUAAUAUGAAUUUGUUCUUAUUGCAUGUAAAAUUCAUGAAAGUGUUAUUAUCUCAAAUAGUAUUUAUUUGAUUCUUUAGGAGAAUAUAAUUUAUGCAUAAUUGCUUAUUAUGAAAUAGUUGUCUUUUUAAUUAAAACGAUAUUAGGAUUAUUUGGACAAAUGAAAUAUUCGAAAGUCGAGUCUUUUUUCGAUUGUCACAGACGGUAGAUUGCUAAUUAUUUUUAAAUUGAUGAAAAUGCACGUGAAUAAUUCGAUAAUUAUCGAUGUUAAAGAUUAAAAGCAUUAUUUCUAGAAUGGGAAUUACGUGAUCAUUUAACGAAGAUGAAAUGGAAUACGUUGAUCUCAUUUGGAGAUUAAUUGUAUAUAAACAGCCUUGACACAAUGGCCAAUUAUAAGUAACCCUUAUGAUUUGCGUUAAAACAGAUGUUCGAAUUAAAUUAUUUAUCUUGUUGUAUUACUCUUAACUUGAAUUAUACAUUUAUAAUAGAAUAAAGUUAAUUUAUGAAUAA